GCAGCCGCCUGCUCUUGACUGAAUUUAAGGCGAGGCGAGGAGAGGCGCAUCUCAAACAAGCCCAGUGUGACGCAGAAGAAAAAAAAAGAUGCAGACUGACGCGAGAAAGUGCAUUCGUGUUCAGAGCUCUCAAAAGAGAAUGUAAAUAAUCUAAAAAUAGAUUAUUUUGUGAAAAAUAUCCUCAGAAGUCAUCCUUUAAGGGUAAUAGAAGCCGACGGAAAGAGAGAUCGAGACGAAUGGGAAAAGUUAGACAUGCACACGAAAGAACACAAAAUCUGGAUUAAGGCAAAAUCAAAGGAAAACUUUAUUUUAUUUUCUUCUUUCAUUUACCCUUUCCUUGGUGAGGACCAUUUUCACUGUAAUGUAUGUAUUAAAGGGGGGGGUAUAAUGCUGUUUCAUGUAUUCUGACUUAUUUACAUGGUUAAAGAGUUGGAUUCUCAUGCUAAACAUGGCCAAAGUUUCAAAACACGUGUUGGACGAAUGACGGAGUAUUUCUGUGCCAAAAAUUCUCUUCCAAAUCCUUGAAGGAUUUGGGAUCUUUUUUUCCAGUAUGUGCCUCAGCGAUGUCAACAAGGUUGGAAUUCCUUGUACUGGCACUUCUCCCGGAAGGGCGCACGCGCACACGUCGACCAGCGCGAGAGAGCAAGAGCACGCCCAGUCACAGGACUGCACGAAUUCAACAAUGUCACCAAAGAAGUGUGUUUGUUAGGGAAAGAUAACCUUGCUUCCCAAAGAGCCCAGUUUUAAGUGGAGCUGAGAGUUUUGUGCUCUCUCUAAUGCAAAGCAUUACUUUGAUGCGCUCUCGAUAUUGGUCAUUGAAAUAACCAUAGAAACUGAUAGUUGCAAUUUUUUAUUGGUUAAAAUGAAUGGAGAAUAUCUCGUGUUUUUCCCUGGCUGCUCGAGCCCUCAGGAUCAGUGCUUAUGGUUUUAUAAACAAGGCCCAGUUCAGCGCUGGAUUUACAGAUCAUUUGAAACUGAAAGAUGGAGCGGUCACAGCGAUAAUGAUCCCAGUUAUGAGUCGAAACAGCAGGUGACUUAACCAAGUAGCUCCAUGAAGACUGAAUGAAUCAUGGACGACACACAGACAUUCAGCCAUGGAGAUUUUUCUCCAGGAUGCAGUCAAUUUGAGGGUGACAGAUCAAUCUCACCGGAGCCCAGCUGUGUGUCCAUGAAGAGUGACGUAUCUGUGGGAGAGUCAAUAAACCUUGAGGGAAAACACACAUCAACUGAUCUGAGUUGUGAUUCUCAACUGGUCCAAAGCACAUUUAAAUCAAAUCUGCUGAAGAAGUUUCAGUGUCUGUUUGAAGGAACAGCAAAGCAGGGAAACCCAACACUCCUGAAUGAGAUCUACACAGAGCUCUACAUCACAGAGAGUGAAAGUGGAGAGAUCAAUAAUGAGCAUGAGGUGAGACAGAUUGAGACACAAUCCAGGAGAGCAGCAACAGAAGACACACCAAUCAAAUGCAAUGACAUCUUUAGACCUUUACCUGGACAAGACAAACCCAUCAGAACUGUGUUGACAAAGGGAGUCGCUGGCAUUGGAAAAACAGUCUCUGUGCAGAGGUUCAUUGUGGACUGGGCUGAAGGGAAAGAGAAUCAGGACAUCCAGCUUAUAUUUCCACUUCCUUUCAGAGAGAUCAACUUGAUGAAGGAAAAAACACUCAGUCUUUCAGAUCUUCUUCAUGUCUUUUUCCCUGAAACAAAAGAAAUGGAAAUAUCCAGUGAAGAGUAUAAAGUGUUGUUCAUCUUUGAUGGUCUCGAUGAGUGUCGUGUGUCUCUGGACUUUAAGAGCAAAGUGAAACUGUGUAAUAUAUCUGAAUCAUCCUCAGUGGAUGUGCUUCUGAUGAACCUGAUUGUGGAAAAUCUGCUUCCUUCUGCUCUCAUCUGGAUCACCUCCAGACCCGCAGCAGCUGAUUUCAUCCCUUCUGAGUGUGUCCAUCGAGUGACAGAGGUACGAGGCUUCAAUGAGCCACAGCAAGAGAAAUACUUCAGGAAGAGAAUCAGUGAUCAGAGUCUGGCCAAUACAAUCAUCACACACCUGAAGUCAUCAAGGAGCCUCCACAUCAUGUGCCACAUCCCAGUGUUCUGCUGGAUCUCAGCCACUUUUCUAGAGAAGAUGUUGAGUGAACCAGAGAGAGGAGAGAUUCCCAAGACUCUCACUCAGAUGUACACACACUUCCUGAUCAUUCAGACCAAUAUCAAACAUGAGAAGGACCAUGAGAAGAAAGCGAAGAAUGAAGACAUGAUUCUCAAACUGGGGAAACUGGCUUUCCAGCAGCUUGUGAAAGGCAACCUGAUUUUCUAUGAGGAAGACCUGAGAGAAUGUGGCAUUGAUGUGACAGAAGCAUCAGUGUACUCAGGAUUGUACACUCAUAUCUUCAGAGAGGAGUUUGGUUUGUAUCAGGGGAAAGUCUUCUUCUUUGUUCAUCUGAGCAUCCAGGAACAUCUAGCAGCUCUAUAUGCUCACCACUCCUUUACAAACAACUGCAAAACACUUAAUCCAUUAUCUGAGCUGCAUCAGAGAGCCCUAAAAAAGGCCUUAAAGAGUAAGAAUGGACAUCUGGACCUUUUCCUGAAUUUCCUUCUGGGUCUCUCAUUGGAGUCCAAUCAGAUUCUCUUACGAGAACUACUGACAAAGACAGGAAACUGCUCCUACAACAAACAGGAUACAGUUGAGCACAUCAAACAGAUGAUUUGCGAGAAUCGCUCUCCAGAGAGAUCCAUCAAUCUGUUCCACUGUCUGAAUGAACUGGGUGAUGAUUCACUGAUGCGGAAGAUCCAACGUUAUCUGAAAUCUGGAGAAAUAAGACGAACCAAUCUCUCCUCUUUACAGUGGUCAGCUCUGAUUUAUGUGUUGCUGACAUCAGAGCAGAGGAUGGAUGUUUUUGAUCUAAAACAGUUUAUUGGAGCACAAAAUACAGCAAGUGAAGUUCUUCAGAGGCUGCUGCCUGUGGUUAAGGAAUCCAGAUCUGUUCAGUUGAGCAAUUGUGGUAUUACAGAUGAAGGUUGUAGUGCUCUGGCUUCAGCUCUGAGAUCAAACCCCUCACACCUGAAAGAACUGGAUCUGUCAUUUAACAACCUAACAGACCAAGGAGUAAAUCUGCUCUAUGAUCUACUGAAGGAUCCUGACUGUAAAAUAGAAACACUGGGGUUGAGUUAUUGUGGUGUUACAGAUGAAGGUUUUGCUGCUCUGGCUUCAGCUCUGAGAUCAAACCCCUCACACCUGAGAAAACUAGAUCUAAGUGGAAAUAAACCAGGAGCAUCAGGAGUGAAUCUGCUCUCUGAGGGACUGACACAUCCUCACUGUAAGCUGGAGAAACUGUGCUUGAGUAAUUGUGGUGUCAAGGAUGAAGGUUGUGCUGCUCUUGCUUCAGUUCUGAGAUCAAACCCCUCACACCUGAGAGAACUGAAUCUGACUGCAAAUAAUCUAAAAGACUCAGGAGUGAAACUACUGUCUAUAGGACUGAAGGAUCCUCACUGUAAACUGGAGAUACUAUGGUUGAGGCUUUGUGGUGUUACAGAUGAAGGUUGUCCUGCUCUGGUUUCAGUUUUGAGAUCAAACUGUUCACACCUGAGAGAACUGGAUUUUUCAUGGAAUAACCUAAGAGAUUCAGGGGUGAAGCUGUUCUCUAAGGGAUUGAAGAAUCCUCACUGUAAACUGGAGAAACUGUGGUUGAGUGGUUGUGGUGUCACAGAUGAAGGUUGUGCUACUCUGGCUUCAGCUCUGAGAUCAAACCCCUCACACCUGAGAGAACUGGAUCUGGCAAUGAAUUCACUAGGAGAUUCAGGAGUGAAGCUGCUCUCUGACAUACUGGAGGAUGAUCCACAUUGUAAACUGGAUUUUUCUCUAAAGCAUCUCCAGCACCCUUGCGGCCCCUGAGGGCCCUGGACCCUGGUUUGUAAACCCCUGCUCUAGAGGAGGCACAACUGGGUGAAGCUUUCUGUUUCUAUCUCAUUGCUGCUGUGUAGAAACAGAGAUAGCAGAUAGAUCUGGUGUGAUUUUUCACUGCCUCAUGUAUGUUCAUGCUGGAGGUUGAUGUGAAGUUUAGAUGUGAUGCCUUCAGUUACACAGCGGAAGACGCCACUUCCUCAAACAGACUCGCCACACUCUCCUCCGACUGCACGACGCAGGUAAACACACACUGUAUGUCUGCGUCCAUCUGUUCUCUGGAGUGACAUUGAGCGCAGGACGUGGGAUGGAGGC